CUGUGAUUUAUAUUGUUGACCAGAAAGAAAAAGAAAUGCCUGCCAGCUUUUGUGGGACUUGGGAAAUGCUCAGCAACUGCAAUUUAGACGGUUACAUGAUUGCUUUGGGAAUUGGUGUGUCCACUCGUAAGAUAGCGAUGAAGCUCAAGCAGCGGAAGGUGAUCGAGUAUGUCAGUGACAAGUAUAUGAUCAAAACUCUCAGCACCUUCAGGAACUACGUGUUCUCCUUUAGAGUGGAUGAAGAGUUUGAUGAGUUUACAAAAGGCCUGGAUGAAAGACAUUGCAAGUCUGUCGUGACAUGGGAGGGGAACAGGAUGGUGUGCUUUCAAAAGGGUGAGAAGAAAAACAGAGGUUGGGCCCACUGGAUCGAGGAUGAUAAACUGCACCUGGAGCUUUACUGUGACGGCCAAAUCUGCAAGCAAGUUUUCAAAAAAGUGGCGUAGUUAAAAAGAGUUGUGUAGCUUUGUCAUCUCUAUGAGAAGGAAGUGUAGGAGCAACCGUAUGGACCAAGAGCUCUGCGUUUCUGGCAUGAUUUAUGUUCAUCAUGGGAGUUGGAACUCAGAGGAUCUGCAAAGCUUUGUGACUGAAGGGGAUAUCGCUAAGCCGCAAGACAAAUCACAGUCCUUUAGAGAACCACAGUGUUUACUGUUCUUCAGUACACCAGAUUCAAACACAUUAGCUAAAUAUCAAGUUCAUGUUGUAUUCGAAUAGUGUCAGAACAGUGGAACCAAACAGCUGUAAAGGAGUAAAGUGACUGCAGGUCUAUGGCUCAAUACACUAUACAUGUAUUUCAGUUUACUAUGUGACCACUAGGUGGCGAUGCAGCAUAUAGAUUUGAUUUCUCUUUUUGUUGCUGUAGGUCUCUUUUCUAUGAGUCUUCUAUUUAACUGUCCAUUUUUGUAAUGCUUUUUAAAAAAUCCUCAUUAUAUAAAUAUAAAUGAAUAUAAUAUCACCUACAUUUGUGAUGUUCCCUAAAGAAAGCUGGCUAUUUUGAAGGAAAGAAAUGCUUGUAAAUGCUUAAAAAUCUGUAAAUGCUACAUUGUUUGAAUGUUAUUUUUUUUAAUUCUG